AUGGCCCCGACCUUUUUGAAAUUUAAGGAGAAUAACGUGAGUGGGAAAAGGCUUUACAAUAAAACACCUGUGAUUACAAGAGAGCGCGAGUAUGUGAAAGGGAAGCUCCAUGAUGACACAGCAAGAAAUAGAGCUUUCUCAGUUAAAGUCACCAAGAUGGCCAAUAAAGACAGGAAAAGGGUGGUGGAGUGCCUGACCGCACAGUGCUCGGCCACCGACGUUCUCCAGGCCUUCAGGGUUGGGCCCACAAUCUGCUCAGCUCCACUCAGCUUACGGGGCUUGGCAGGGAAAGCUCAGGACAUGGGCAUGGGAGAUGGUUUGGUUUGGUUUGGUUUGGUGACCUUCCUCGUGCCGGUGGGCAAGGUGGGCGAGGCAGUCCUGGAAAAUGCCCGGCUCAUGCUUCAGACAGAGAAUAUCCAGGCGGGUGCGGACGACUUUAAGGAGAGAUAUGAAAAUGAGCAGCCAUUUCGAAAGGCAGCGGAAGAGGAAAUUAACUCUCUGUAUAAAGUCAUUGAUGAAGCUAAUUUGUCAAAAAUGGAUCUGGAGAGUCAAAUAGAACGCCUGAAAGAAGAACUCUGCUUUCUGUCAAGGAGCUACGAAGAGGAUGUGAAAGUGCUGUACAAACAGCUGGCAGGGUCUGAGCUGGAACAAAUGGGUGUACCCAUCGGCACUGGUCUGGACGACAUCCUUGAGACCAUCAGGAUCCACUGGGAGAAAGAUGUCGAAAAGAACCGGGCGGAAGCAGGGGCCUUGCUCCAAGCCAAGGUGAGGCAGGACCUGCUCCCUGUGCAGAAGGAGGUCAAGCAAAGGUGA